AUGACCUUCUACAGUACCAUCCAAACCCAACUCCUAGGCCGUUUUUCUCAUGACUUACGGAGUGCAAAAUCAGGUCUCAUAGACGACGAGAAGCCUUUGACGGUCUUUAGUGGGGAUGCAUUUAGCCCAUCCCUAGAAAGCUCGGUGAUGAAAGGCGAACACAUCAUCCCCGUUCUCAAUCAUCUCCUCGUCGACAAUUUUGACUUUGGCGAAGACAUUCUCUCGGCUCUUUCAGAACAAUGCACGUUCCGCUGGCUACUCGCCAACGCCGUGCAUUCCGAUGACCGUCUGCUUGCUUCAGCGAAGGAACACCUCAUACUCCGCCACAGAGGCUACAACAUCGGAUUCUUCGGUCUUGCAGGAACUGACUGGCCAUCAAACUGCCAACAUCUCCCAAUUGAUUCGCGCAUCCUCGACCCAAUUCCCGUCGCGCAGCGCGUCUCUCGUCUUCUUCGAUCCAACGGUGCAGAUCUUGUCAUCGCUCUCACCCACAUGCGUCUCGAGGAGGACAUUAAACUUGCCGAAGCAUGCAGUGAGGACGUCGACCUCAUCCUUGGCGGGCAUGAUCACGAUCCACUCGUCCACGGAUCACAUAUGUCAGCGGUUAACGAUAUAUUUCAAGGGAAAAUCAAAAUCAUCAAGUCGGGUAUGGAUUUCAAGAGCUAUAGCAUCGUGCACCUCCACGUUUUCCGUAAGGACGGCAAGACAGGUGUCGAAAAUGUCAAGGUACAUCUAAUGCGAGAUAUAUCGCUUCCCAAACACCAUCCCGAAGACUCAGUCAUACACACCAUUCUGUCAUCGAUCCAGAGCAGGAUGGCCACCGUGAUCGACAAGCCCGUGCUGUACGCCGCCAUCCCACUUGACGGUCGCUCUUCCAUCGUCCGCACUACAGAAACAAACCUUGGGAACAUGAUCGCAGAUGCCGUACGCGCAUACUACGACGUUGACAUCGCGCUUAUCAACUCUGGAGGACUACGCUAUAUCCUUCCAUUUGACAAUCCAUUCGUAGUAAAGCGUCUACCUGGGCGCACCAUCCUAUCAGCGCUAGAAAACUCAGUAUCUGAUAUCGUUGACGGCCGGUUCUUCCAACUCUCCGGCUUAUCCAUCAAGGUUGACUCUUGUCGCCCCGUUGGCUCCCGCAUAUUAACUGCCUGCCUCGUCCGCAGCCACUCCUCCAUUCCAUCCUUAGUACCACAGACAGUUCAUCCGAUGAAUGCGCACGAGACAGGUGUCACGUCAACACCGCUCAAUUCAGACGCGCAGUACACAGUCGCGAUGGUAAAUUUCAUCGCAGAAGGCUUUGACGGCUAUACUCUCUUCCGAGACGCUCCAGUCAUUGGGAACGUUCAUGCCAGUUGUGGGGAGGGGACUCUUCUGUCUGAAUACGGCUGUAAUAAAGGAGAGGACAAAACAGACGCCGCCAUCGAUCGUGCACGAGCGGCUGUAGUGGUGGGCAGAACGGAGAACAGUCUUCCCAUUGUGCGCCCACACGUCCAAGGAAGAAUAGAGAAUGGAAUACACCUUGCAUCACAUUAA